AAGGUGGAGUACUUCGGCGUGGUGCGCGUUCGCGGCGACGGGCGGUGCAUGUUCCGCGCGAUGGCCGUCGGGCUCGCGCACAUCACCAACAAGAUGCUCACCUCGUCGUCGGAGGAGCACGAGGCGGACCAGCUCAGGCUCGCGGUCGCCGAGUCCAUGUGUCGCACCGCGGAGAAGCGCAGAAAGUUCCAGGACGCGGAGACGGCAAUCUCGUUCGAGAUGCCGAUGGCGACGUACUGCAAGCGUAUCCUGCAGCCGACGUUCUGGGGAGGCGAGCCGGAGCUGCUGGUCCUGUGCCACCUGCUCAGACGGCCAAUCGUGGUGUACCUGCCCGCGGCGAAGGUGCGAAGCGCGGGGACGAACAACGGGUUCGUGGCGAUCCAGACGUACGGCGGCGAGUACGCGGUGAGCAAGAAGACGGGCAAGGAGAGGAAGCCGGUGCGCUUGCUCUUCAACGGCGAUAACCAUUACGACGCGCUCAUCUGA